AGUCCCGCCCCUCCGCACCGGAAGUGGUCCAAGGUUCCCAGAGAGUGUCGGAGCGGAGCACCGGCUGCACCCGGAAGCGGUGGCUGCUCCGGGGCCGGGCCGAGUCCGGUGCGCGUCCGGGCGCCCAGCUCCGCCAUGACCAACGAGCUGGACAUCUUUGUGGGGAACACGACCCUCAUCGACGAGGACGUGUAUCGGCUCUGGCUGGACGGAUAUUCGGUGAGCGAUGCCGUGGGGCUGCGGGUGCGCUCGGGCAUCCUGGAGCAGACGGGAGCCACGGCAGGCGUGCUGCAGAGUGACACCAUGGACCACUACCGCACUUUCCACAUGCUCGAGCGCCUGCUGCAUACGCCGCCCAAGCUGCUGCACCAGCUGGUCUUCCAGAUCCCGCCGUCCCGGCAGGCCCUGCUCAUCGAGAGGUACUACGCCUUUGAUGAGGCCUUUGUCCGGGAGGUUCUGGGAAAGAAGCUGUCCAAGGGCACCAAGAAGGACCUGGAUGACAUCAGCACCAAGACGGGGGUGACCCUCAAGAGCUGCCGGAGACAGUUCGACAACUUCAAGAGAGUCUUCAAGGUGGUGGAGGAGAUGCGGGGGUCCCUGGCCGGCAACAUCCAGCAGCAUUUCCUCCUCUCCGACCGGCUAGCCAGGGACUACGCGGCCGUGGUCUUCUUCGCCAACAACCGCUUUGAGACGGGCAAGAAGAAGCUUCAGUAUCUGACCUUUGGGGACUUGGCCUUCUGUGCUGAACUGAUGAUUCAGAACUGGACGCCUGGCGCUGUGGACUCUCAGGUGGACGACAUGGACGUGGACCUGGACAAGGAGUUUCUCCAGGACCUGAAGGAGCUCAAGGUGCUGGUGGCCGACAAGGACCUGCUCGAUCUGCACAAGAGCUUGGUGUGCACCGCUCUCCGAGGGAAGCUCAGUGUCUUUCCAGAGAUGGAAGCUAACUUCAAGAACCUGUCCCGAGGGCUGGUCAACAUCGCCUCUAAGCUCACCCACACCAAGGACGUGCGGGACCUGUUUGUGGACCUGGUUGAGAAGUUUAUAGAGCCGUGCCGCUCGGACCGGUGGCCGCUGAACGAUGUCCGGCUCUUCCUGAACCAGUAUUCUGCCUCCGUCCACUCCCUGGACGGCUUUCGGCACCAGGCCCUCUGGGAUCGCUACAUGGUCACGCUGCGCAGCUGCCUCCUGCGCAUGUACCACGACUGAGGCCCCGCAGCCCGGACGCCCGCCCAGCGUGUCCUCUGCUGGGCCCUGCUGCCAAAGGGGGAGGGGGGAGGGGGAUCCCUGGCCAGCCCCGCUCAUCACCUCCACGCUCGGCCAGGAGCCCGGGCCCCGGGGCACGUACCUCCAGGCCUCAGCCCCCCUCAGCCCCAGGACGCCUGCCCCCUGGGCCCGGGUCGGGCCCCUCCUGCCCUGUGGAAUGGGGUGGGGGAGGAACGGGGAGCCGGGCCGGGCAGGGAAACCCAGCCCCACGCGGGCGUUCCUGAGGCCUCUUUGUGCUGAUAAUAAAUUGGCAGACCUGGGGCGAGGCCCGGCCAGGGGCUCUCCUGGGGGGAUCCUCGGGCCCGGAGCGGCCGGGGGCAGGGAGGGUGUGCCAGGCUGUGGGAGUCCCCAGGACCUUGGAGGCCGGAGCCCGCGGUCCUCGGCCUGCUCUGGGCCCCCACCCCCAGCCCCAGGUCUGAUGUUCCACGUUCU